AUGCAAGCGUUCGUUGUUCAUGGUAAAAAUGCAAAAAUAUCGGCGUUUCCUCAUUCCGCAUUCCUUAGUAUUUCAUGCAAACUAAAGAAAGACACAGACGCAGAAGUAUGUAUCUGUGGCUCCUCUAUCAUAAACCAGCACAUGAUUUUAACAGCAGGCCAUUGUCUGAGUGGAUGUGCUGGCUCGUUGUCUUUGACUGCAUCAGUUGGGAGCGAGGAUAUUUAUAGUGGUAUAUCACAUUCAGUUCAAAGUUACGUGGUUCAUGAAAAAUACAACGACGUAAAGGUAACUCAUGAUAUCGCUUUGGGGAAACUUAAGACUCCAUUGAAAUUUAAUUCACAUGUUAAACGUGUGGUGUUGAUGAAGCAUCCACCUUAUCAUGACGAGGCAAUUGCAGCCGGCUGGGGACUAAUUGAUGAGUUGAAGGGAAAAAUGACACGAAAACUUAAGUUCACUAAACAAUACGUGGCGAGGAAGAGUGAUUGUGUUAGAGUAUUCCGUAAAAUUCCAGAAGAAACUCUUUGUGCUAGUAAUAAGGAUAAAUCAAGUUAUAUGUCACAGUAA